AUGGCAACUCCAACAACAUCCCUCAGUUAUCAUGAUCUCGCAGCGAGAGCAGCGAGCUUCUUCAAGGCAGUAGACGCAAGGGACAUCGACGGAGUCCUCUCUCAUUUUGCUCCCAAUGCCACGUUCACCGUUCAAACUGAUCACGUCACGUUUACCGGUGUGGAUGAGAUCCGCUCCAUGUUUGAUAGCUUUAUAAAUAAUUCGAGAACCCUGCUCCACGAAAUCGAGAAUACCUCCGUCGAUGAGAAAGCCCGUAAAGUUGCUACCGAGCAGAGAUAUAUUGGCGAGCUGCUUGAUGGGACACAGAAUGAUAUGCACAAUUGCAACUUCUUCGACAUCGGGCCAGAUGGAAAGUUCACACGCGUCAUUGUCUGGAUGGCAGGAAGGAACCCGUUGAAUUCUGCAUAG